CUCUGCUAGAAUCAGCCCAAGCAGGCAAAUCGUUCCUCACCCUCUUUUCCCUCUCGGUAUGGACACAGCCCCAGCCGAGCUGCACAGCCACGAGCCGAGGGGAAGAUGCUGGCUCCGUCCGUGCACCCGCUCCUGUGGCUGUUUGGCUGCGUGCUCAUCAGAGGUACUACAACCUCCACAGACGCCUCCACAGUCCACCCUGUAGCAGACCGAUCUCAAUCAACCAACCCUGAAGUAAAGACCCAUACCUCAGAGCCUUCAGUAAAGUCAACACCGAUUGACUUGAAUCUCACCUGCACAGACAAGACUACUACAACCAAAUCCUCUUCCAUCUCUACAACACCAACAUUGCCCACACGCAAUGAAACGUCUAAUGGAAGCAGGAGCACCGCAGCUUCAUCAACUCGAGGUGAAGAGCCCAAGAGAAAUGAGAGUACUACAACAGCAGCAACUCAAGGUGCUCUCUCCCUGGUCUCAGAGACAAGCACCAACACCUCAGAAGCAGUUACCCCAACAAUGGACACCUCUGGCACUACUCUCACAUACGAGAAGUCUCCACUGACUGUGGCAGCUUUUGGUGUCAUCAGCUUCAUAGUUAUCCUGGUCGUGGUGGUGAUCAUCCUCGUCAGCGUGGUCAGCCUGAGGUUCAAGUGCAACCGCUCAAAGGACUCAGAAGACAAACAGAAGCCGGGGAGCUCCAUGGUAUCGGAGAGCUGUUCUGCAGGCACAAGUGAGAAGGAUAACAGCAUCACUCUGAUCUCCAUGAAGAACAUCAACAUGAACAACAGCAUGAGUUACCCACCAUCAGAGAAGGUGCUAUGAAGCCAACACGGAGCUAGAAGCUGACACCUGACUACCAGCACUGACUUUCUAGGCUUUUUUCCCCCCUUUGGGAAAGAGCAAGGGUGGACUUUUUAUAUAAAUUAUUAUGCCCUUUUUGAUCAAUACAUUUAUGGUAGUAUCCCGUAUAGCUUCUCCGACUGGAGGAGGGAAAUGGGCUUUCUCCAGCUGUAGCCUGUCAUGUUCAAUGGUUGAUAUCUAACUGUAUUUUUGAUAUGUCUUCAAACCCUCAGAUUAUUCCAGCAGCAAGAAGCACCAAGGAGCCACCUACCUGGCUAACAAACUGCUGCCUUAGAUUACUGGCCUUUACAGUCUGUGCUAGCCACAGGCUCGCCAGGCUGUUAAUCAGCACAGCCCCCCGUUGAGCUAAACCCAUGCCUUAGACAAGCACGGCCUGAAGCUGAAGGCCUGAUGGGACCGAGAUGCCCAAGUGCUAGGUCAAAGCACAGCCCAACUGCUCCAAGCCCCUUACGCUUGGUGCCUCCCUGUCCCCACGGGGGGGCAUGACCGUACCCACCUACCUCACAGGGUUGUUGUGAGGCUAUGUUAACCCGUGUCUGUAAAGCAUCUGGAAAGACGUGAAUUAAAGGUGCUGCUGAAAUGUAA